AAAGAGCGGUGGUAAUCCCUGCUACGUAGCCUAUAGUAUAAUUUUCCAAACCUGGAACGCGCGUUUGAGAAAAUUGCGGUUGGAAGAUGAAAUGAAAAGUGGAAGACUGCAAUUCCAAUUGCAACUUCAGCUUCACUUCUCCUUCUCCAUUUCAACAGCUCUCUCUCUCGCUAUGUUUCUUCUCAAGACAUGGAGACAAACUGCUUUUGGUCUCUAUGGUUAUCUCAAUUUCACGAAACCUGCUUUUCUUGAUCAUUCUAAGAAAUUCAAAGCAGAGGAAAUAGAAACAAAAAUACCAGGGAAGAAUUGCAUUGUUACGGGAGCUAACUCCGGAAUUGGCUAUGCAACAGCUGAGGGUCUUGCACACCGUGGUGCAACCGUCUAUCUUGUAUGUCGUAAUAAGGAGAGAGGAGAGGCUGCUCUUUCUCAAAUUCAAUCUAAAACUGGAAAUCAAAAUGUAUAUUUGGAGAUUUGUGAUCUGUCAUCUGUCAUGGAUAUCAAGUCACUUGCUUCAAGGUUUUCUAAGAACAAUGUGCCAGUACAUGUGUUGGUUAAUAAUGCUGGCUUGAUUGAGCAAAGUCGAGAGACCACAUCAGAGGGGUUUGAGUUGAACUUUGCUGUCAAUGUAUUAGGCACUUACACAAUGACUGAAUUGAUGGUACCAUUACUGGAGAAAACUUCGCCCGAUGCACGUGUCAUUACAGUUUCUUCUGGUGGAAUGUAUAGUACUCCCUUGAUCAGAGAUCUACAGUAUUCUGAGAGCAACUUUAACGGGACUGAACAGUAUGCUCGAAACAAGCGUGUUCAGGUUGCACUAACAGAAAAGUGGGCCGAGAUAUAUAACAAUAAAGGGAUAGGAUUUUACUCAAUGCAUCCAGGUUGGGCUGACACUCCUGGAGUUGCAAAAAGUUUGCCAAGCUUCUCAAAAUCGCUUUCAGGAAAGCUUAGAACAAGUGAAGAAGGUGCAGACACAAUUAUAUGGUUGGCAUUACAACCAAAGGAGAAGUUGGUAUCAGGUGCAUUUUAUUUUGAUAGAGCUGAAGCUCCUAAACAUCUUACAUUUGCUGCUACCAGUGGUUCUCAUUCUGUGAUCAACUCUGUCAUCGAUAGUCUUCGCUCCAUGGUAUCUCUUUCAGUUUAAAUAGGUAGCGUACCGUGAAAGUAAACCUUAAAAGUUGUAAUUAAUCGUAAACACGUUGCUAGAACAGAGAUCAAAUUACACCUGUGUAACACUUUAUACCGCACAAUAAAUUUAUUAGAUACACUUUAUACCGCGCAAUAACUUUGUUGGAUACAUAUUUUACAAAACUUGUUGGAUUAAAAAUUUAUUUCA